AUGUGGCGACAGGUGCUGCUCUGUGGACUGAUCUUCGAACUAGUACGAAAUCUGGCGCUCUGGUUCGCCUUCCACCAACCCAGAUCGGAGCUCGAUGCGCACUCGCUGCCAACAAGUUUGUUACAACGUGGAGCGCGUUCCGCCCGUUUCCGUUUGCACGUUUGGCGGCACCGAACGGCGGGCGUCGUCUCCAAGCAGUACACGGAACACGUCUUAGAAGUGCGCUCACCGUUCUGCUUUAACUCGACCAACGCAGUGCUCUUUAUCGAAGCGAGUGGUUCCCAGAGGUCCGUGGACCCCGACGCAACGCACCGUGUGCAGAGCUUCCUCCAGCAAAAGCGCGUUCGAGUCGAGCGGGUCACGUCGCUGGAACCCGUACGACGCGCGAUUCCCAACCUGACAAAUGAGACGCUUGUCCUCAACUGGUUCUCCAGGGCUGCCUACUUUAACCCGGCACAUUUCGCCGGAGAAUGGCUCGCGAACUGGGGCCUUCCCCGGCAGUUUGGCGCCUCGGAGGGAAAGCGCCACGCUCCGGUGGUGCUCUGGUGGCCAGCGCACGCCCAGCACGCAACCAGUCCGUUAUACGCCUGCGGCACUGAACGCGAUAACCAAAGCAUAUUCUGUGUAUAUCUGCAUGCAAUGGUGACUGCGUAUUCGAGGCAACAAGGCCGGGAGCUUCCGUUCCGGCGCAACACGGUGCUGUGCGGCUCUCGGCUGCUCCUGCCUGGACUCUUGAAAAGUCGUUUCUUUCGUUCACCAGCUGAUGCAAUGGCAUGGCGCGCAGCUGUACUCGAUCAUCUGGGUAUGAAGAGCGCACCAGCCCAGCGGACUAUGCUCCCAGCGGAUACCAGCGGUCGUGACCAGUGCAGGGCGGUCCCUUCGAUAAUGCCGCUGUGGCACCGACCGUCGCCACGGCUGCAGGUGACGUACCUUCGCAGAGGUGCGGAGAAGCGCUCGCAAGCCGCAUGUCGUCGUCGAUGCCUUGCGAACGAGGAUGCUGUGGUUGCAUUACUCCGCCGCUAUCGCGAGGCCUACGCCUACGACUUUACCAUUGUAGAGGCGAGCGCGAACGAUACCACGCGCAGCAGUGUUCAACGGCUGGUAGAGAUGAUUCAGCGAACGCAUGUACUGAUAUCCGUUCAUGGUGCCCAGCUCGUCUACGCUAGUUUACUACCACCGUGGCGAUCAGCGCUGAUCGAGCUCUUUCCCUACGGAUUCCAGCACGACAUGUACGCUCAUGCUGGCGGAGCUCCGGUCCAUUACUUCUCCGUAGAGGGUGAUUCGCCUCCGAUACCGUCGUCACCAUUACCUUUCUGGGAGCGCGAAACCGAUGACAUGGAUGCUGCGGACCUGGAUUUUGCGGCAGCGACGGCGACUGCGCACUAUCCCGAUUCCCAGACCAGCAGUCGUGUGUAUCUCCGGGAUCAGGCAGUUCAGGUACCGCUGCGUCCGCUGCGUCGUGCGCUCCAAGUAGCGCUGGCGACCCUGCGUGAUCAGGCCUGCACUGAGUCAUAG